AUGGACUUGGAAUUUAGAAACGUACAGAAAGGUACCUUCACCUUGUCCAAGGCGUCACCAAAACCGACGUCGUCACGCUGCAACAGAAGAAAGAUGGCCGUGGAGAAAACGUUUACAAUAUCUAGAAGGCAUAGAAUAGAGACGUGUCGCAAUUUGAUUGGAAGGAAAAAAUCGACGACUGAAGAAGAUAAAGUCUUAAAAGAGAUGACGCCGUUUUGCUCCUCGCACCAAAUUCUUUUUUCUUUAUCAUCAGCGCCCCUCUUUAGCAUUAAGAGUGGAAGAAGAGGGGAAUUGUUGGGGGAUAUGGCGAUAUCGGAUGCGGUGAUUGGGAAUUUGAUGAUGAUCUACGUGGCGGUGAUAGCAGGGAUAAAGGCGUAUGGUUUGUUGUGUGGGCGGAGCUUCGGUGGUGGGUUUGUGCUGAUUGUGUCGAGCACGGUGGUGGGUUUCAUCUUGGUUGGGACGCUGACGUGGGACGUCACUCGUAAAGCCACGUACGCGAUUUCACGUGAUCACGCCGCUUCAGUUCAUGUUCACGAUAUGUGCAAGGGUGGAAUUUGUUGGCACGGCGUGGCGGUUCGUUCGCCUGCUUCUCAGGUCCGGUUCAGGCUCCCUCAACAAAUUCCAUACGGUUCUUUAUAAAAAGUAAAUGAAAAAAUUGAAAAAAAAAAGGAUUUUGAGUUUUGAACCUGUAAGAUAUAAGGUUGUCUCCGGCUAAGAAAAACCCAUAAGGGAUUUGGUUUUUUCUCUCAUGGUUUUUUGUUCUGGAAUUUUGAUUGAGAUGAAUAAAAUAUUGUGUAUAAAAUUAUAAAAUAACAAACGAAAUGGAGGAUGCUUUGUGAUUAAAUAAUUCCCCAUACCGACCAAAGCUUGUUUCGUUUCUUCCAAGAGCUUAUCAAGUUGGAAACAGACGAGGUUCGGAGGAAGCAAAUUUUGCUUAGUUUGGUGAAUUUGGUCAGCUUAUAGACAAAAAGCAAAGCCUAUUUGGCAGGAAGUAUAGGAUUAUCAAAUGGGUUAUUGCAGGUUACAUGUUGGAAGAUGUCAGAAGCUAUAGAGUUGGGUGGCAUUGUUAACAGUAGUUUUGAUCACAAACUGAUUUGUUGGAACUGACGUUCAACAAAACAGUUAAAAGUAGAGUCUUACUUAUGUGUGUUUUGGUUUGUCUGUUUAAAACAAGUCAUGCUUUUCCGUAGAUGGUUGGUUUUUCCUUCUUUUUGUCUUCUUUAUGGAUAUAAAUAGAUUGCAGUACUACAAAUUUUGCAAUCCAUUCCUUACCUUCCAGAGGCCAAGGAUGACGAUGGAUUGGAUGGGAAAUAGUUAAUAGCUCUCGCUUCGUUUGAUGCCAAACUGUACAGCUUCAGGGCUGCUGCCAACUGUUGACCCCUAAAACCCAGAGCAAUCCCCUUAGCCUGAAGCCCCUAAACUGAUUAAUUUGGCAAUUCAGGACUCAAAAUAAGAUGUCGCUGAAAAUAAAAGAAAGUCUAAAAUCUUAGUUCUGCCAGUACAGAACAGUUUAUGCUUUGAUUUAACCCAGUACAGAAGCAAUUUGUUAGCUUGUACUACAUCUGAAAGAGACAAUCACAUCCUCCUUUUAAAAACAUAAGAAAGGGUGAAAUUGGCUCUGAAGUCUGAACCUCUGGUGAUUAAGAUGUCCAAAGAAAAUUGGCAAAUCCUAUGCAAUGCACGUCAGGUUGGAAUUAGCUUACUCUGGCCUGGUCCAAAAUAAUGCUUGAGCUCGUUGGAUUUAGUCAUGGGUUGAAAUUUACUUCCUGCGUAUUUUCUAUUUCAAUAUUUUUGCAAAAUCGAGAUGUAUAAUACUAGAUACGUUUCUUUUGGUCCAAAAUGAUGAAGCUUUUUGGUUGUUGUUUUUGAGACAGUAAAUGUUGCAUUCAUUAAAGAUUGACCUAUGAAAGGAAGAUGGUUACGUUGUCGACGCUUAAACAAAUUGUUUUUAAAGAAGAAAAAGGCAAAUUUAAAAAAGAUAUCGCAACCACAUGGCUCAAGGCCAACAGAAACGUGUUCAUGUCAUAGUGAAUCUCACUUGGCUUAUGCUGAAACUAAAAUCCAUUUAAAUUUAGAUUAUCUUAAGAGCAGGAAAGAGGAAAUAUAAUCUUGGAGAGUGGAGACAGUCCACGACAGAGGAAA